AUGUAUGCAGGUAACCAUGACUACGUUCUGCCAGGGCUGCACUCUCGACAGCUUGCUGGCUCCCACAAUCAGGGCAGCUGGAAGACAGGAGUAGGGACAGAGCUAUUGAACAGAGCCAAGGGACAAGAGGAGGAGGGCUUUAACAUCAAGAGCCAGUGGAUACAGUCUGUGCAGAUGGACUUGGCCCAGCUAAGGGGGGGGGGUAAGGGCAGCGGCCUCUCCCCCACGGAAGGCGGCGAUGACUGGGGUGGUGAGUUAGGAGGGCUGGGUGUUAAACCCUCCAGACAUUCACUCAUCCCUCUCGGAGACUCUUGUCCACUCGCCCUCGCCGAUCUGAACAUGUGGGACAGCAGGUCUCACUUUAAAUCUCAGUCCGCAGCGUGGAGUGUGGCAUGUAUGACUGGAGGUUUCCUGUCCAAAAUAAGCACCAGCACCUCUGGUAAUGGCAGAGAUGGUGGUUUCAACAGACAGAGUGACCCAGGGAUGGGUAAAAGAAGAUGGCAGUCGAUGUCUCGCCUGGCCCCUGAGUGCACCCCCCGGUCCCUCGCCCCUGUCUCCCCAGGGGCUGAGCUGAGAGAAGCCCUGGAAGAGAGUGGCUUCAGGCGGACAGAGCUGGUGCAGAGGCUGCGGGAGGCCCACGGGCGUCUGGAUAGCCAGACAGACCUACUGAAGAACAGAGACACACAGCUGCUGCACAGCAGUAGUUCUGCACAGCUGCUGGAGAUGAAACACAAGCACCUGGCAGAUGCAGUGAGUGCUCUUGAGCAGGAGAAGGAGGCAGCUGAGUUGAGCCGGUUUGAGGAGAGCCGACGUCGAGGAGAACUGCAAGACAAGGUUCUUCAGCUGGAGAUGGACAUGUUGAAGAUGAGAUCGUCUCUUGAGAGAGGGAGUGUUAUCAAACCUGCGGCCCCAAGAACUAACAACAACCCACUGAGCAGGACCUUGCCUGUUACACAAGAAGACUUCUACAGAGAGGGGAAGCAGAAGGCAGAGAGAGAGCUGUCCAGAAUGAGAGAGGCCCUCGGAGAGGCUGAGGAGAGAGCAGAGGCCCUGGAGACAGAGAGAGACCAGGCCCUUCAGCAGCUGCACACCUCUAAAGAGGCUCAGAGGACAUUGUUGAGCCAGACAGAGGAUGUGAACCAGAAACUGGGUCGUUCCUUGCAGGACCAGCUGAGUGAGGCACGCAGUAAGCUGGGUCAGGCCACUCUGGAGAGGGACCUUCUGACCACCAAGGUGUUGCGGCUGGAGGACAGUGUGGAGGACCUGAAGUUCAAGCUGACCGGGGCCAUGUCUGACAAGGACCGCUUACUGCAGGAGAAGUCAGACCUGCACCAGCACGCUCAGGGUCUGGUGCUGCAGUUGGAGAGAGCCCAGAGGGGCAGGGAGGGCUACACAGACCAGGUGUGUGAGCUCAGCGACCAGCUGGCUGAGGCCAAGGCCCACACCAACAGGCAGGGGCAGGAGACUGUGCAGAUGAAGCAGGAGCUUCAGACUGUGACAGAGAUGAAUGAAAGGAUGACAUCAGAGCUGGAGAUGGUCAGACAGAGGCUGGAGUCCUCAUUGGCUCAGCUGCAUGAGCUGGGGGCAGAGAGAGUCAUCCAUACCAAUCAGAUCGCAGCUCUGGAGACGGAGCGCUCGCAGCUGAUUGGAGAGAAGGAGGAGUUGAUGAGUGCUAUUGGACGGGAUGGAAGACAGGAGGAGGAAGUGACAGAGCUGAGGGAGAGAUGUUAUCAGCUCAGUGAAUCCCAGGAUGCCUUGGAGUCAGAGAACCAGAUGCUGCAUGAUCGCUGCCUGACCUUGGAGGCGGAGCUCCUGGAAAAGGAGGAGGGUCUGCGUCAUCAGGGGGAGGAGCAUCAGCGGUUGGAGGCUGAGUCGGCUCAGAACAUGGAGCAGCUGAGGGGUGUGGCCGCACACUGGAGCGAGAAGUGGCAGGAUGUGGCUAUGGCGCUACAAUCCACCCAGGCAGAACUAGAUGAACUCAGAGAGAAGAACCCUGGAGAUACACAUCAAGAGGAGGUGACAGGGCUGAAGGUGGAGGUCGAGAGACUUCAGACAGAGGGGCAGAGAGACAAGGAAGAGAUUCAGACUCUUCACCUGCACUGGGCCAGUACAGAGGCAGAGUUGAGCAGAGUCAGAAAAGAUGCUGGUUCUCUGCUGAAGGUGGAGCUGGAUGCCUGUAAACAACAGGUGGAGCUGGAGAGGAGCAGGAGUCAAGCUCUGCACAAAAGACUCAAAGGUGGGGAAGCGGUGCAAACUUCUGAUAAAGGAACAGAGACAGAUAUACCACCACAGACACAGGCUGCACAGGUGACCCUGGAGGAGGUGGAUGGGGAACUGGGCCAGGUGAGGGCAAAGUUACAGAAGGUGUCCCUGGAGGAGGUGGAUGGGGAACUGGGCCAGGUGUCACAGCAAAAUAAUGAAGUUCAGAAGCUGGAGCUGAAAGUGGCGGAGAGAGAGCAGCAGCUGAGGGAGACGGAGCACGCUCUGAGGAGUCUGGAAAGACUGAGAGAUGCCGAGAGGACAGAGGCACAAAUCAAGGUUUCUACACUGGAGUUGAAGCUGGUUAAGCUAAAGGAGCAGGCCGGCGGAGGUCUAUGUAGUGGAGGCCAAGAAAAAGCGCAGCACACUGACUCACUGAGGGAUAAGCUAGAGGAGAGCAGGAGUAGAGCCAAUCAGCUGCAACAGGAGAGAGACCAGGCAGUUCAGAGGCUACAGACUCUACGCCAGCUACAUCAGGCUAAACAACAGAAAGCAGCUGCUGGCAGCAAGAAAGAGGAAGAGAAACAGGAAGAGAAACUGGUGGAUAACAUAGUAGACCAGGAUAAACAGAGAAGACUGGUGACUGAACAGCUGAAGAGUCUAUUUAAGGAGCGUGAGCAGUUGGGUCAGGUCUAUGGCAGAUCAGCAGGAGGAGAUCAGAGUGGAAGAGGAGGAGGUCGCUCACUGCAAGACUGGGUGCCGAAGUCGAAGGUCAUCAAGAACUCCCUUGACCCACUACACAGCCAGAGGAAGAGAGAGAAGGAGCUGAUGAGGGAGCAGCAGCAGGGAGCAGGACUGGGGCCUGUGUCUGAGGAGCAGGAAGAGGAGGAGGACCCAGAGAGGGAGGAACUAGAGAGGGAGGUGGAGGAGGAGGUGACUCGCCUUAGGGAGGUACUCCACUGCAAGACCCACACGCCAAGCUAAGGUUUCAGCCGCAGAUCCAGGGGUUGGGUGCCACAGCGUCUAACUCGUCAGACAAGACCACGUCAGAGAGCGGGGUGCCUCUUCUAUCGGAUCGUCCCAUGGAGAGAGACAUGCAGCGGGGAUCAUCAUCACCACCACCACCCCCCCGCUGGGAAGAUGGACUGUUCCUGGCUAGACAGGUGCAGAUCGGCAGCCCUGAAUUGGAGGAAGAGGAAGAGGAAGAUGGAGGCUGUGGCUAAGGCAUACUACAGGCGGGUCAUACCUGGUCCUAAUUUGCUCCCUACCCCUUCCCCUUGGCCCCAACUACUCCAAGGUUUUCAGAUCUGAAGCGUCUUUAUACGUAUAAGCAGUGUAGUCGUAGAUCUUCCACUAUAUUGGUUCCAUCCUACAGCUCUGCAAACAUCGAAGCUAAUGGAGUCCGUCUUUGUGUGAAGUCUUACUUUAGCCACCAAGUGAUACAAAUCCAAAGUCUUACAGACCAGUGUUAAUGUCAAUAUACUGAUUAGUGGUUAUACAUGUGGUGCUUUUGUUGAUGAUUAUGAGGAGACAAGGAGGUGAAAUGUGUUCCAUUUAUAAUAAUGAGAUGAUGACAACGGAUGAUGAUUUUCUGUAUGACAUUGUCGCUAUACAAGCUGGAAAAAGCUAAGGAUCGAGAUGCAUACCUAAAGGCCUGUUUGUUAGUAGCAAUGUUAAUGUGGCUAAUACAUUAAAACUAACGUUAACCACAUACAGCAUAACGUUUCUGGAGGUGUGUGAUAUUCUCAUUUUGUUGUAAUAAAAAAAUGCUCACGAUCACGAUCAGUGAUCAAAUUUA